AUGCCAUAUCUUCACCAGCUUUUACAGCAGGGCAAGGCCAUAGGCCAUUAUGGCAUCACUCACCCACCUACGGUGACAUUACCCCGUAUUAAAGCAAUGAUGACUGGAAGUAUUCCAGGUUUUAUUGAUGUCGUCCUGAAUUUUAAUACAAAUGCUCUACAAGAAGAUAAUCUCUUGUCGCAGUUGUACAAAUCUGGAAAAAAAAUUAUAUUUUAUGGAGAUGACACCUGGAUAAAGUUGUUUCCCGGUCAUUUUUUAAGACAUGAUGGCACAACAUCAUUUUAUGUGACUGAUUACACUGAGGUUGACCAAAAUGUCAGCAGACAUUUGGAUUGGGAACUACGACAACCUGACUGGGAUGUGAUGAUAUUGCAUUACUUGGGCUUGGAUCACAUUGGGCAUUUAGCAAAACCUUCCAGUCCAUUAGUGGAACCAAAAUUGAAGGAAAUGGAUGACAUUAUUAAAAAGCUUCAUGAACAUCUUAUUUUAAAGGGUGACAAUAGUCCAACAUUGAUGGUUGUUUGUGGUGACCAUGGUAUGAGUGACCAGGGAAGUCAUGGAGGAGCAUCCAAAAAAGAAGUAACUGUUGCAAUUGUUUGGCUUGCAUCUACAGCUAAAAACAAGAAAGUUUUCAGUCAGGCGUAUCCAUCACAAUCACCUGUAAUUGAUCAGAUUGAUAUCACACCUACACUGGCAUUGGCUUUUGGAAUACCAAUUCCUGGAAAUAAUCUUGGCACUGCAAUUCCAGAGAUAUUUUUAUCAUAUGGCUCAACAAAGGAUACAGUCCGAGCAAUGUACCUUAAUGCACACCAAGUUGCUUCUGUUCUCAAACAAAAUAAUCCCAAAUGGCAAGCUGAUGCUGGUUAUGUUUUGUUUGAAAUGGCUGUACAACAUCACAUAGACUGGCUAAAUUUCAGUGGUAUAAGCAACCGAGCUUGGCACCAACAAGGACUGUCACUUGUCAAACAAUAUCAUAGUGCAAUAAAAGCCAUGAGUUCAAGGAUGAUGACAAAAAUGACCAAAUAUGACAUUUAUGGAAUGUUUUUGUGUAGUAUUAGCCUCUUUUUGCUCCUUUAUGGGAUAUUGAUGGCCUUGUGCCAGACAGAAAAAUCAUCCAUUAUGCUGGUAUUCUCCUCUGCAUCCUGCAUUCUAAGCCUGAUGCUUUGCAUAUUCAUAGUUUGUUCUCAUGUGACGAUUUGUACAAGUUCCUACCGCAGUGAGAUUCUGUGUAACUCUUUAUUGAUGAGUGGAGUUAUCCUCACAUUUCUACUGCUCUCCAUAACAUUUUUCAAUUCCUUGGCUUUUGGUUUCAUCCAGUCAAUUAAAGCUAUGUUUGACAACAAGAUGGUUUCUUUCUCUGGGACAGCAUUAUUUUUGGCUCUUGGCUGUUUACUUCAUUGUGUAAGUUUUAUGUCAACCAGUUUUGUAGAGGAAGAGCAUCAGACAUGGUAUUUUUUGACUGUUAGUGUUUUUGUUGUCAUUGUAAUUGAUGCACUACGAAACCAGCUUACUUGCCACAGACUUACCUUUUCAUCAUCUCUAAAUACAUCAGACUCAUUGCGAAGCCAGAAACUCCUACCAAACAAAAUUCAGCAAUCUUCUAGUGUGAAUAAUAAAGCAGUCCUUGUGACUGUUUUUCUGCUUAUCUUGUGCCGAUUUCAAAGAUCCUGGAAUCAAACUGGAGACAAAUGGCAACAUCUGUCUGAUACUGGAGAUUGGCUGAUGAGACCUGAAAACAAAUUUCUCCUGUCAAUUGUGUGUUUAUCAUUUUUGUUGAUUAUUUUGGUAUCCAUCUGGAUUCAUCGUAUCCAACAAAUCCGUUCUUGCCACCAAUUGUUACUACUUGCUGCCCUCAUCUAUAUUUAUUUAUUUCAUGCGGCUACAAAAAAACUCUUAACUCCUCCGCCAUGGCUUUGGAACAUCAGUGAAAACGGCCUCAAAGAAUCUCGUAUUGUUUACAGUUUAACACUGCUUCUGAUCCUGGAAACUUGUGUUGUAAUCCGUAUGAAAAGCAUUUCAAAUAAUAGAGAUGAAAACGUCCGCUCUAUCACCAUGCAGUCUGCUGUUUUGUGUUUGAAGUCAGUUUCUAUCAUAAUGGCUGCUCUUCUAACUUCUCACCCUCAUAACAUUUGUGUCCUGGCCAUGGCUACCUUACAAGAAAUCCUGUUACGCAAAUUGCUGUCUUUUAUCAAAUUACCAGUUUAUGCUACAGCAUUGAUUUAUACCUGGAUGGCACAAGCAACCUAUUUCUAUCAGGGUCAUUCUAACAAUCUCAGUUCAAUUGAUGUAGCAGCAGGAUACACAGGUGUUGGCAGGUACAAGCCUGUUCUUGUUUCACUUAUAUUGGCCAUUUCAACUUAUUCUGGUGUCAUCUUCUGGUAUUCAUGUCUCAUUAACUAUCAGUUGAAAGAUUCAGUUCAACAACACAAGACUCAAAUAGAAAAUCGGUGA